AUGUCAGGAGGAGUAAAUACAGUGAAGUCCGCUCUUAUGCAGAAAUUAAGAGACAGGCUAGGGGAACAGCGAAACACUCCUGCCAACAGAGACGCAGAAGGCUCCGGUUUGGGCAAUAAAAAUGCAGCCAAAGUUAACCGGCGGGUUGAAAUGGGAUGGCUCCACUUUGAGAGCGGCACUCAUCACCAAAUCAGGACAAGAAAUGGAGGUGGAACACGGCACCUGUCAGUCGAGAAAUCAGUAACUAUGCGUGAACUGCUGAAGACGGGCAAAUCCUUGUUUUUUCCAAAUGGACAUUCAUCCAAAGGGCCGAUGGAAGACUUCGAGUUUUCUAUUCGUGAUUACAGUCACAGUGCAGUAUCCCCUGAAGUCACAGUGGGCCAGCUGUACGAGCAGACUAAACUACGAAUGCUGCGCGUCUACACAACCUCCAAGGCUAAAGACGUAAUGCUUCUCUCUGAUACAUCAUCGGACUUUGAGCACACAGAUGAGAGGCCAGUUAAGAGAGGAGAACCAAUCAGCCAAUCAAGACCAGCAACUCCUGACAUGAGUAACACAGAGGUCCUGCAUUCCCCAUCUUCGGAGGAUGUUGGCAGUCAUACUUUGCAAUCAACAAGCAGGCAUGGAUCUGAAGAUGACUGUUUAAUGCCUGUGUCAAAUCAAGAUGCAGACCAGUUGUUAAGGGACGAGUCAGAUUCCCCUCUUGCCCUUGCCAUCAAAGAAUCUCUUGAGGACUUUGAAGUAAACUUUGGACCUGUUAUCGGGGGUGAUGGUGAUAAUCAAGACUCCACCCUUCCCUGGAAUCCACAUGACUUGAACAGUAUUCAGCACUCAACACUGAAUGAUGGUCCUGUAUCAUCAAGCAGUCUUCCACCAUCACCAGACCCAUUUGAAAAAGAACUCCUCCUUGUGAAAUUAAGACGAGUAAACAUAGUUGAUGAUGUUCUUAAUGUCUUCAUGGAACCAAAAGUACUCAAUGCUAAUCUAAAAAUUGAGUUUACAAAUGAGAAAGCUGUGGAUAGUGAUGGUGUGUCAAGAGAGGCAUACUCCGCGUUCUGGGAACAGUUCUUGGAACAGUGUGAGGGUGAAGAUGACCGAGUACCCAGACUUCGACCAGACUAUUCGGAGAAGAAAUGGCAAGCUCUUGGAAGAGUGUGGUUGAAAGGAUACCUGGACCACAAAAUCAUACCAAUCCGACUGUCACCAGCUUUUGUUCUUGCUUGUUGUCAAGGAGUUAGUUCAGUGGAUGAAGACCUCUUGAUUAUGUCAUUUGCCAGAUUUCUUUCAGAGAAUGAGCGUGCAUCACUUGAAAAAGCACUACAGGGCAACAUGGAUGAAACUGUUGAGGAGGACUUACUCGAUGUCUUCUCAAGAAUGGGCUCACACUGCCUGCCCUCCAAAGACAACUUACGUGGUGCCAUUUUGACAAUGGCACACAAAGCUCUUCUUCAAGAGCCAAAGUUCAUAAUUGAUUGUUUCCACUCCAUUAUUCACAAUGCUGUGUCAACAGUCAUGACCAAAGACAGCCUAAUGGAGCUUUACGAAUCUAAGAGGCCAACUAACAGGAAAGUUGCCCAGAUGAUAAAGCCAUCAACUGAAAGCCUAAAUCCACAAGAGCAGAUAGCUCUUAACCACCUGCUACGGUAUGUGAGAAGCAUCGACCAAAGAAAACUGGAGAUCUUCUUGCGCUUCUGCACAGGAUCCACUGUGUUGUGCAAAGACACAAUUGAAGUAACUUUUAAUAGACUGUAUGGUUUAAGUCGCAGGCCUGUAGCACACACAUGUGGAGCAGUUCUUGAGUUACCAUGCACCUACAGCUCAUACCCCGAGUUUCGUAAAGAGUUUGAUAAUGUCCUGUCUGGAGACUGCUUUACAAUGGAUAUUGUGUAGUGAAUGUAAAUAAUUUUACACAUUUCCCUUUUCCACUGAGAUUGUUAUGGCAUUUGUCUGAAACAAACAGAUUUACAUUUAUUUACAUUUAAAAUACUUUAUUUGUUCAUUCAUGUAUUACAACAUUCAUGUAUUACAACUAAGAAUUGAAUGUACUGUGAGGAGAUUGUAAGUAGAGGAGAUGAAAUCAGUUGAGUUAUUGAGAUUGCUGCAUUACACUGCAUUUUUUGGUUUUGUUAUUUUCUAAUUGUAAAUUAUUUGGCUGUAAUGUGUCAGCACACUGAGUUUGAAAUUUUGCUUAAGUCUAAAAGACAGUUUAAGUUUAAUGAUUUAGUCAGAAAGGUCUGCUUUAAUAGAUGAAAAUCUUUUUUUUCAGGCAUGUACCAUUUUCACAUUAUCAUGUGCAUGUUUUAUGUAAUUGUUAUUCAGAAAGAAGUUGAUGGCAGCAUUCAAGAAAAUAAUACCUGUUCGAUGCACAUAGAUGCACAAGUACCAUUUCAAAUGACUACUCAUGGCUGUUUUUGUUGAAGCCUCAUAUGGUCAAGAUACUGACAGUUACUGCCAAGAGCACAAUAUUGUUCAGUAAAUGUUCAAUUCUUCUUCCAUGUCAUGCGUUGUUGUUUUUCUUUGUUGUGGUUUUGUUCAUUUCCUGUUCUAUGACAACUUGUCUACUUUGAGCACAAAUUAAUGAGAAGGCCUAAUACUCUGUCAUUUCUAAAAUGUACAAUUCUGUGCUUCGUUGAAUCAGUCUGGGAUUACCUGAAGAGACAGAAGCAACUGAGACAGCCUAAAUCCACAUAAU